UCUAAAUAUCAGAGUUUUAUGCUCAUUUCCGCCGCUUUUGUUUGACAGAAUCCCAAAGCGCUGCAGCAGCUAGCCAACUGUUGCACGAAAACACCUGUUAGCUCCUUAGUCUAGUUGGGUUUUUAUCUUUCGGUUACAACAGUCAAGUUUAUUGGAAACCAACGUGAGAAAAACGAGUCGUUUUUAAUGUAUCUGCAGGUCUGCGGGUGGGAAAGGUGGCAGCGAUGACCUGAUCCCCGGAGCAGACAUGUGGGGGUCCCCCUCUCCUUCCAGGUCCCGUGGACGACCUGCUGCCGGCAGCCUCCUCAGCUCUCUGUCCUCCAGACAGAAGUCGUACUCAUGCAGACCUCGCUCUCUGGACAUGGAUGUGAGGAGACCAGCUGGCUGUGUGCGGCAGGAGAACGCGUGUCUGACCGUGCAGGACGAGCAGCUCAUCACUGACCUGGACUCUUUGCACUGUGAAAUGGCGCCCCCCCAGCCUCAGGUGUGUCUCCGAGCUUCCAGGGCGGGGCUUCACAGUGCUGCUGCGACCAUGAGUGAUCGGCUCCGUCAGCUUGAAGCAGAGCUGGAGGCCUGCAGCACAGAGCUCAGGGCAGCAGAGCUGAGAGCGGACCAAGGUCAGGAAGCCGCGGCUCACGCCCAGACGGUCGUGGAAACGCUCUCUGAGGAGCUGGAGACACUCAAGAAAGAGCUGGAGGAAACCGCUGCAGUCGGAAAAAGGGCUGAGCAGCAGAGGAAUCAAGCUCUUCAGAAUGCUGAGACGCUCAGAGAAGCUUUCAGCGACUAUAGAGCAUCAAUCUCUGCAAAGCUUCAAAGCGUGACUGAGGGGGAGAGCAGACUGAGGGACAGUUUUAAGAGAGAGAAGGAGGAUCUGGAAGCCAAAUGUAUCACGCUCCAGCGAGAGAAGGCUGAUCAAAACUGGAAUUUAAGCCAGCUGCAGCAGCAGUUGAAGCAGGCUGAAGCUGGAGCUGCUGACCUGCAGCUGCAGCUGGAGGAAGCCAGACAGAAGGCCUCGAAGCUGGAGCAGCAGCUGGCGGAGCGUGACGCAGACCAAUCCAGAGUGACGUCUCUGCACAAAGAGCUGGAAGAGCUGCGCGCCCUGAGCUGCAACCAGGACCAGAAACUCACUCAGAGCAGAGCAGAGAUGGCCAGUCUGGAGGCAAUCCUGAGUCUGCUGCAUUUAAGAGAGGGUUCUGGCCAGGAGGUGUGCUGUUCGCCGUGCAUGCUGCCCUCUCCGGACUGUUCGGGGUCUGCUCACCUGCUGAAGCUGAGACCAGGUGAAGGCUACCAGCAGCUGCUGCGACUGCUGCAGGCAGAGCGCAGCCGUAACGAGCGUCUGCAGGAGCGUCUGAGUCGAGCGCAGCAGCAGAUUGAUUCCCUGCAGGACUCCAUGGCUCAAAGAGCCUCGCACUAUCAGAGGCUUCAGUCGGAGCUGCUGGACAAAGUCAACCACGCCUCUGACACUGAAAAAGAACUGAAGAGAAAAAGCGCUCGAGCAGCAGCACUGGAGAUCCAGCUGCAGGAGAAGACCUCUGCAUACAGUCUGACUGCUCUGAAGAACACUGAGCUGGAGAAUCAGCUGCUGGAGAAGACAAACGCCCUCCAGCAUUAUCAGUCCCUGAUGAGCCAAAGGCAGAGAGAACACCAGCAGAGUCUGGACCGCACUAAACGGGCUCAGGAGCUGCAGCUUCAGGAGCAGCAGCACAGGAUGGAACUGCUGCAGCGGUCUGUGGAUGAGACUCGCGUUCGGGGGCUGCAGAUGGAGCAGGACUUGACUUCGCUGCAGAGGGAGAGGGAUGCGGCGCAGGAGGCAGCGCUCCUGCUGCAGGCCUCUGUGGAAAAGUUAACUCAGGAGAAGCAGACGGAAACCCAGCAGAACCAGGAGCUUCUCCAGAGGUUGAAAGAGCAGUCUUCCCACUCUGCUGCUCAGAUCUCUGAGCUGCAGUCGUCCCUGUCAGCCUGCAGGCAGGAGCUGGAGUCCUACCUGCAGCAGAUGGAGGCUGUAAAGAGUAACUAUGAGGCUGAGCUGCAGAAGAAAAACGACAAGCUGAAGUCUCUGCAGGAGAAGCUCCACAGCACCAGCCUGGUUUAUCAGAGCUCCAGCGAGGAGAACCUGAAGCUGCAGCAAACUCUGCAGCAGCAGCAGACCAUGCUGACAGAGAGCACCACGCGUGUGUCCGAGCUGGAGGAGAGCCAGAGCCAAGCACUGUCCCAGGUGGGCGGUCUGGAGCAGCAGCUGGAACGAGCUCGAGCAUCAGUGCAGACUGAAGUCAGGCUCAGAGAGCAGGAGGCCCAGCUGGCCGACAGAAACUUGCAGCUGUCCAGGUCUGUCAGCCAACUCACAUCAGAAAUCCAGAUCUGUCAGGCGGAGCUGGUCUCCAAAAUGAGGGAGGCAGAUUGUCUGAAGGCAGACGUCAGCAUCAAGACUCAUCACAUCAGUGAGCUGGAGGAAACCCUGAAACAGACGAGGAGCCGACUCUGCAGCAAGGAGGACACGGUCCAGGGUUUGGAGGAGAAGCUCUCCCGCUCCGAGACAGAUCGCCUCAACUGCAGCCAGCAGCUCCAGACUCUAGAGCUGCGACUGCAGAGCGUGCAGGCGGAGCUGGCUGAGAAGGUGGAGCAGCUGCAGGAGCUCCAGAGAGCUCUGUGUAAAACUCAGUCCAUGUCACAGGAGCAACAAGCCCUGGUGGACACUCUGAGGUUCCAGCUCAGUGAGAGUCAGAAGGAGCUGGAGGAUCGAACCCACGAGGUCUUGGACUUGAACAAUGCCCUGCAGGAAAGGCAGGGGGAGCUCCAGCAGAGAGCAAAGCUGCUGGGCCGCCUGGAUGUGGCCAUCAGGGAGCACAAGCUGGAGCUGGAGAGGAAGGUGGAGUCUCUGCAGCAGAAGCUGGAGUCCAGAGAGAAGGAGCUGACAGACGUCCAGAAGACGAUAACGGACCGGAGGAUGAAGGAGCAGCAGGAGCUCAGCCAGCAGCUUCAUGCCACUCAGCAGAAACUUCUGAAGGUGACAGAAGAACUCCAGGAGAGCUGCCGUGAGCGUGAAGCUUUGAGCCGAGAGCUGGACGCCACCAGGCUGCAGGUCAAAGACAUGGAGACUCGUCUGCACAGGGCUGAGGAAGAGCUCGUCCUGAAGGAGACUCGCUGGCUGCAGGAGGAGGCCCGGCUGCAGAGCACGGUCUCUGCUCUGGAGCUGGAGCUGGAGCAGGAGAAGGAGCAGCACAGCCUCGAGCUGGAGUCCCUGCAGCAGACCCGAGGGCAGCUUCUCAAAGUUUCCGAGCAGAUCUCCUGCUCCAUGCGCUCCUCCCAGGAGCAGCUCAAUGCUAAGCUUCAGCAGACCCAGAAGCAGCUGGAGGACGCGAAAGCCCGCGGCGAGCAGACCAGAGUCCAGCUGGACCAGACCCUGCGUGACCUGGAUUACACCCGCAGCCAAGCCAGUCACCUUCAGAUCCAGCUAGAGCAGAGCCAGGUCCAGCUGGAGGAGAGCCGGACUCGAAUCGAGCAGAUGAGGAUCCAGCAGAGUCAUCUGGAGGCUCAUCUGGAGCAGCUCCAGAGGUCGGCUGAGACCUCCAUGGACUCCCUGCUCAUCAAGGAAUCGGAGGUCACUCGCCUGCAGGCCCGCAUCCUCAGUCUGGGUCGAGCAGCUGAGCGACGGGGUCUGUCUCUGCCUGCAGAGCGCUCUGAUCAACUCUCUCCACACGCUCCUUUUUGGGGGCACUCCUCACUGCAGCCCCCGGCCCCCAACAACCCCCUGAUUGAGGCGUCAAAGCUGCAGUCAUGCGAGUCCUCCUUUAUUUUCUCUGAGACUGUGGACCGCAGCUGGCAGGGCCUCAGCGCCUCUGACAGCACCGCCGCCUCCGACGCCUCCUUCAACCCGCUCACGUACAUGCUGGACAGAGGAGCGGGGGCCGAGGAGGAGGAGCCCCGCACCCACUCCAGGAGGGAGUCUGAGAGCAGCGUGGAGCCUCCAGAGGAGGACCUGAGCUCGCUCUCAGGCAUGCUCCGCUUCGUCACUCAGACGCUGGCCCGGCAGGACGACCCGGCUGCCAGCAGGAAGCUGCUCAGUCAUGUGACCGUCGGCGUUGCACCUCAGAGUUCCUCUGCAGAAGGUGUUGUUUGAAAAAGCCAGCUGUGAUGUUGAAAAAUGAACCGUGAGUGGGUCUGGUCAAGCACUUUAUCUUCUGUUAUUUAUGAGGUCAUGAUGAAUUAAAAGGUUGUUUUUUACAAACCUG